UGAUAACGGCUAUCAUCACCUGCACCACCACAAACACCACCAUUUACACCAUCACCACUAUCUGGAGCACCACCACCGCCACCAGUAACACCACCACCACCAUCUAGGUCACCACCAGCACCUCGACCUCCCUCACAGCAACCAACAAACCGUCUCCGUCCACACAGACCUGCCGAAGGCCACCUGCCACUUCGGAGCGUCCCUGGACGCCAGCAACAUUAAAGAAAACGAUGAUGUCUACUUCGAGUGUGUGGUCCAGGCCAACCCCAAAGUCUCCCGCGUCUCCUGGAACCACAAUGAGGUGGUGCUGGUGCAUAAUGUAGCCGCUGGAGUCAUCAUCAGCAACCAGAGUCUUGUGCUGCAGAAGGUCGGGAGGUCGCAGACUGGUUCCUACUCCUGCAGGGCACAUAACUCCGUCGGCGUCGCCUCCUCCAACACCCUCACGCUCGACGUUAAAUACGCGCCGAUAUGCACGCCUGGGCAGCCCAGCACCUACGCUGUGGGUCGCUACGAAGACGCCGAAGUAACUUGCUCGGUGGAAGCCAACCCGCCCCAGCAAACAUUCCACUGGACGUUCAACAACACAGCCGACACCAUCGAAGUGCCAGACGGGCGCUUUACCUCGUCCGGUAGUGAGAGUGUCAUCACCUACACCCCCAUGACCUCCUUGGACUAUGGCACUCUCCUCUGCUGGGCCACCAACUACAUCGGCAUCCAGAGGCAUCCUUGCGUCUUCCAUAUUCUUCCUGCAGGCAAACCGGAGCCGCCAAGCAACUGCACCGUAUGGGGCGGGUCUCGAACCUCGGUCAGGUUGCGGUGCGUUGCUGGGAGCAGCGGAGGCCUCAGCCAGCACUUCCUCCUGCAGGCGCGCCUUCAGGAGGGCCCCCUGCAACACUUCCUUAACUUCACUACAGCAGGAGCCGACGGCGACGCCGCCACACCCCACUUCUUGGUAGAGGGCCUUAAGGAGAAGAGCAAGUACCUCGUCGUGGUUACUGCCGUCAAUGAUCGGGGCUUGACCAGCGACACUCACCUUACUAUCUCCAGCUUGGGUACCAGCGGCUCUGUCUACCAGCCCCAUGACGGCCCCUUAGAAGCUGAGGUACGGGACGGAGGCCCGGUCGUAGACGGUCACGAAGGGAUAGACGACGGAGAGACAGACGACAGAUCCUUCUGGGAAACACUGACGGAUAAUCCCUACCGUCCCUUAAUCCUGGUUUGCCUGGGUUCGAGCCUCCUGGUGUUGGUUAUCCUGCUCCUUCUGGGGACUAUAUCCUACAGGAAGAGGAGGAGGAUAGCAGAGCCUGGCCCCCAGGAUGAUAGCCAAGAUAUGGGUGACGGGUUGAAGGGGGUGACCUUGGGGGCUUCCUCUGCCUGUCUGGCGGUGGAUAUCUCACCUGUCUCAACCAAGGGACAGAUUCCUGUCAGCCUCGUCCAGAAUCAGCAGGUCAGGGCGGAAAGUGACACAGAACCUGAUGUUGUACUGGUGAGAGGGUCGUGUAGAGGGUGUGAGAGAGAGACUGCAACCUUCCCGGUAACCAGUACGCCUAAUACCCUGCGUCACCAGUACCAGGAGAGCCCCAGGAGAGAGUUGAUGAUACCCACUACCUCCCAGUACCCGUACCGGGGGUGUGUGAGAGAGAGGGUACUCCCAGUAGCAGUGCAGUACCGGGAGUGUGAAGGAGAGGGGGUCUUUCCGGUAUCAGCUGCCCCUCCUUUACAACCCCAGUACCGGGAGUGUGAGGGAGUAGCCGUCUUCCGGUACCCACAAGUGUGCCAGUGCACUCCCGGUACUCUCCUCCCAGCCACCGUGAGUGCCUCUCAGGUUUGUGUUGUCAGCAGCCGUCAGCAUCGUCUUCAGGACUGAAGGCAGCAUCUCAGGGUCCUGGGGAGACCCUGGGGGAGAUGAGGUCAGCAUCCCGGGCAUCUGAGGUAGAGAGACGAGGCUGACAUCUGGUGGCGGUAACAGCAAGGUCUGCACCAAAGUACAAAAACAUAAACAAAUAAAACAAACAAAAAAAACGGGAAUAAACACUCACAAUUGACUUAAGAAGGUUCAAGAUCUUGUUUUGAUUUGCUUGUCAGCUCUAAGAUGGCUAUGUUGGUGUUUGUGGAGUGGCGACCACGGUAAACCUGACCUUCGCGUGAGGAGACCGGGCCCCCAUUGUAGCAGUAACCUGGCUCAGGGAAUCAUCAAACCUGAACUCAACUCUCAUACGAAACCUGUACAUCUUCGAGCAAUCAUGGUGGCUUUGUUUACAUUUGGUUUACGGGGUUGUAAACCUCACAACCUGAGGUUAUUGUCGUGUAUAAACAACUUGGGAGGUUGUAAACUGUUUAAUAAAUGUAUAACAAAGCCGCUAUGUUUGAGGGGAAGAUGCACUGGUUUCGUAAAGGGUUGAUCAAAAUGUGGCUCUUAGGGGCCAGAGUAUUUACACCUUGACACAUUCUUGGAGAAUAUGGUAUUAAGGUUCUUGGGAACGGGGAGAUUUGUAAGAAUACGUUUCAGUGGUGAUGGGAAAGAAUCCGGGGUUCGAUUCCCGGUGAAGAC